AUGGAGUUAGCAGUAGCUAAUGAGGAUGUUAACCUGGCUGCCUUUAGAAGCCAGAUUCCUCUAUCAAUAAACAAUGGGAAACCAGCACCUGGAGAGUUUGAUGGGCCUGGUUGUUACCGUUGUUACAGGGAUGGGAACAGUGUGGAGUCAUGUGGAUCUGAUGGCAUAGUGGGCUACGAGACUCUGGAUGCUCCACCACACUAUGAUUUCUAUGCCAACACAGUAUGGGGCAGACAGAGGCGCUUCAGACCCUCCUUGUUUCAGCUGCAUGCGGACCCUGAGGACUCCAGCCCUCCCCCCUUGUACGAGGAGACAGCAGCGAGACAGAUUGCAGGAGGAGGAAGCUCUGAAGAAGAGGAGGAAGAUGAGCCGCAAUCUGAACCUACACGCCUCGGCUGGGUGCAAGGAGUCAUGAUCCGUUGCAUGUUGAAUAUUUGGGGGGUAAUCUUGUACCUGAGACUGCCCUGGAUCACUGCUCAAGCUGGCAUAGGGUUGACCUGGGUGAUCAUCCUCCUGUCCUCUUGUAUAACUGGGAUCACUGGUCUCUCCACCUCAGCCAUCGCCACAAAUGGAAAGGUUAAGGGAGGUGGGACCUACUUCCUGAUCAGUCGUAGCCUUGGUCCAGAACUGGGUGGGUCCAUUGGUCUAAUCCUUGCCUUUGCCAAUGCUGUCUCAGUUUCUAUGCACACUGUGGGAUUUGCUGAAACUGUUCAGGAGCUCAUGCAUGAGAAUGGGGCUGCCAUAGUGGACCCAAUCAAUGACAUCCGCAUUAUCAGCGUCAUCACUGUAACAUGUCUGCUAGCUAUCUCAUUAGCUGGCAUGGAGUGGGAGUCAAAGGCCCAGAUCCUGUUCUUCUUGGUCAUCAUGGUAUCGUUUGGCAACUACAUUGUUGGAACCAUAAUUCCUGCCUCACAGCAGAAACAAGCAAAGGGUUUCUUUAGCUACAGAGCGGAUAUCUUUGCUACCAAUUUUGUACCCAGCUGGCGUGGGCCGGAGGGCAGUUUUUUUGGCAUGUUCUCCAUUUUCUUCCCCUCAGCCACAGGCAUCCUGGCAGGUGCUAACAUCUCUGGAGACCUUAAGGACCCAACAGUUGCCAUUCCCAGAGGAACACUGAUGGCGAUAUUCUGGACUACUUUAUCCUACCUCAUCAUCUCUGCUACCAUUGGUGCCUGUGUGGUGCGGGAUGCAUCUGGCCUGGUGAAUGACACCUCACUCACUACUGAUGACUGUGUUGGUUUGGCUUGUCAGUAUGGAUGGGACUUCACGGACUGCAUCAACAAUAACACAUGCACCUAUGGCAUCAGUAACUACUAUCAGACAAUGAGCAUGGUAUCAGGCUUUGCCCCCCUCAUCACUGCUGGUAUAUUUGGAGCAACACUGUCCUCUGCUUUGGCCUGCUUGGUGUCUGCUGCUAAGGUGUUCCAGUGUCUGUGUAAGGACAAGCUCUACCCUCUCAUUGGCUUCUUUGGGAAAGGUUAUGGGAAGAACGAUGAACCACUCAGAGGCUACAUCCUGACUUACAUCAUAGCUGUCUGUUUCAUCCUGAUUGCGGAGCUGAACACCAUAGCUCCUAUUAUCUCCAACUUCUUCCUCUGUUCCUAUGCUCUCAUCAACUUCAGCUGCUUUCAUGCCUCAAUCACUAACUCACCAGGUUGGCGCCCAUCUUUUCAGUACUACAGUAAAUGGGCAUCGUUACUAGGCGCAGUAGUUUCCGUGGUUGUCAUGUUCCUCCUGACAUGGUGGGCAGCCCUCAUCGCCAUCGGCAUUGUCGUGUUCCUGUUGGGAUAUGCACUGUAUAAGAGGCCUGCUGUGAACUGGGGCUCAUCAGUGCAGGCCAGCUCCUACAACAUGGCUCUGUCCUACUGUAUUGGUCUCAACUUUGUGGAGGACCACAUCAAGAACUACAGACCACAGUGCUUAGUGCUCACGGGACCUCCCAGCAGUCGGCCAGCUCUAGUGGAUUUUGUCAGCUCUUUCACAAAGGGCCUCAGCCUCAUGGUUUGUGCUCAUGUGCUCAUUGAUGGCUGUCCAUCUAUAGCUGAGACAGCACGCAGCAGCAGUCACGUCACCUGGCUGAACCAACGCAAGGUUAAGUCCUUCUAUCAAGGUGUGGUAGCUAGAGACCUGCAAUCUGGAGCUAACAUUCUGCUACAGGGGGCAGGCUUGGGUCGUAUCAGGCCUAAUGUUAUGCUGAUGGGCUUCAAGGCAGACUGGAGAGACACACCUCAGGCAGCGCACAGCUACAUAGGAACACUGCAUGAUGCAUUCGACCUACAGUAUGGUGUGUGUGUGCUCAGGAUGAAGGAAGGACUAGAUGUCUACCGUUCACCUCAGUCCGACAUUAGCUCAGGCUUUGAUGAUGGACAGGAGAGUGAAAACAACAUGCCUACCCUUACCCACAUUCAAACCAUCAGUACAUCUAACCGCACCUCUGUUGGAACAGAGCCUCAGCUGGGUACAGUGUUUCAGAAGAAACAAGGAAAGAAGACCAUAGAUGUGUACUGGCUCUCAGAUGAUGGAGGUCUGACCCUACUGUUGCCCUAUCUGCUGACUCGUAGGAGACGCUGGGCCAGAUGUAAGGUCAGAGUGUUUGUGGGCGGAGAUGCAACUAGGAAGGAGCAGCAGAGAGAGGAGAUUUUAGCACUGAUCAAGAAAUUCCGUCUUGGUUUCCACGAUGUUUGUGUACUUCCUGAAAUCCAGUUGAAUCCCAGACCAGGAAGUGUUGAGCAGUUUGAAAAUAUGCUGGGCCCCUUCAAGCUGGAGACCACCACCAAGCAGUGCUCUGAUUCUGAGCCACAGAGGGGAAACAAGCAGCCCUGGAGGAUCACCGAGCAGGAUCUAGAGAGGAACAGAGCAAAAUCCCUCCGUCAGAUCCGUCUGAAUGAGAUUCUGCAGGAAUACUCCAGAGAAGCUGCCUUGAUUGUUAUCACCAUGCCAGUGGGGAGGAGAGGUAUUUGUCCUAGUACUCUUUACCUAGCAUGGCUGGACUUCGUGUCACGUGACUUGAGACCUCCAGUCCUGAUGAUCAGAGGGAACCAGGAAAAUGUUCUCACCUUUUACUGCCAGUGACAAUAAUGAUGGACAACAUUUACAACUCAGUAUACUUCUGACAAUUUUGCCUUGACUUAGAAAGUACCGUAUUGAUCUGAAUAUAAGACGACCCUGAUUUUAAGACGACCCCUCUUUUUCAAGACCCUUUUUUGGAAAUAUACUUUUUAUAUGGACAUUCUGCGACACCAGCCCAUGGUAGCUUUAAACUCAGGCAUUUAAAUAUGCUGCCCCUGCCGAUUGGGACACCCUCCAAACUACCCUGAAGCUUCCAGAUUUAGUUUCUUUCAGUGCCUUUAACCCUCAUAAGGUAUUCGGGUCUGUGGGACCCGUGCGGGGUAUGUUGAGCUCUGUGGCAACUUCA